CAUUAUUUAUUUUACUAUUAUAUUGUAUAUAUCAUAUAUAUUAUAUGAGAAAUCAAGGUUUAGAAAUUUUAAGUAGCCUGACAAAGUUCUAUUACUAGAAUAUGAAAUAGACAUGGUUUAUAUUUUUUGGAACUUGAAUUUGUUUGUUGUGAAGGGUGAAUAGGCAAGCUUGAACUACCGAGUUUAAUGAGAUCUGAUUCUAAGAUUGUAAGACACUGAAAGAGUUUUUCUAAUGAUACAGAAUCAAAUGGUAUAGAUAAAUAAAAGAGAAUCAUAAGAUAUGGACAGUAUUAUCAGGGUUGGCAAAGUACUGUGAGUUCUUGUGAAGGAAAGGGCACUGGAAUCUUGAUUUCAAUGGAUGAAAGGAAUCAAUUCAGAUAAAGGAGGGAGGAGACAGAAGUACAAGACUCCCAUGUAAAGUAAGCCUGUGUGAUUGUAUAAUUACAACAGUGUUGCAAUGGUGACAGCAAAACAUAUGUGUAACUAGAAACACACAACCACUGGAAAAGAAACUCAAUGAAGAUAGUCUCCAAACCUGGCCUGCCCAUCUGUGAUUUAUCCCAUGCAUUACAUUCACCAAAACGUUUUACAUACAGGAGUCACCUAGUAAUAGUUGAAUUAUAGGAAGAUCCUGUGACUUUGAGAUUGAGAGUUAAUUAAGAUGAUACAUAACAAAUAUAAAUGCAUAAUUGGAAAAUUCAGGUAAGAAAAACAUGGAAUAUACCCUCAGGCAAUAAUGCUGGGAGCUGAGGAGGGAAAAAGGUGACUGUGAGAUGUUGAAGUUAAGGUAAAUGAGGAUUAUAGAAGGGACAAAAGGCAUCCAUUGUAGAAUAAACAAAAACAGUUUCAAACUGGAUACAUACAUAAGGACUUCUUCACAGAAAUACUGAUAUAAAAUAGGAAGAGCAUAUUUGGGAAGGCUGUGUAAGCCACCCAGUUUUGAAUGUUGAGUGUAUGAGCUUAGGUAAGCAAACAAAGAAAUAAAUUUAUGCAUCACAGGAAUAUUUUUGCAUCAAAGAUAAGCUUGGAAUGAACUGAAGCACAUUAACUAGUCAAAACCAUGCAGUGGAUUAGUUAACAUAGGGAAGAGGAAGGGAAGGGAUCCUGAAACCCUGGAACCAAUCUGCAAUGAGAUGGAGAAGAUUGUGGGAUGCAGCCUAUCUCAGGAAUACUGUGUCCUGAGGCUGCAGGGGAUGAGUGUCAAAGUGACAGGAGACUUAGCCUUCAGCACUACCUACACAGUUAGUAAAGACAAUGCUUUCAAGUUGACAGUUUCAAAGUUUAAGUCACUGAACAGAAGAGUUAACACCUCUCUCAAGCAGCUGUGUUCAGGGUUUGCUCUUAUCUCACAUCACAGCUAGACUCAACCCAGUUCAGAUGUGUGGAAGGCUCAUCUGAAAAACAUUUGUAUCCAGAAAGGGUUUUCUUCCUUGAAUCUAACUUUAUUCCCUCGUGUUGCAGCUUAAGUCACCUGUUGCUCUGAUGAACAUGGUAGCUGGAUCUGCACAGUGUCUUAGAAUAUCAAGAAUGGAGAAGUUGUGACUUGGGUGUCUUUUCACUCUUCUUUCUCUGUGCUGUUGAUCAUGGCCCUCAGCAAUUCCAGCUGGAGGCAACCCCAGCCCUCUUUCUUCCUAGUAGGCAUUCCAGGCUUGGAGGAAAGUCAGCACUGGAUAGCGUUGCCCCUGGGUGUCCUUUACUUCCUUGCUCUAGUGGGCAAUGUGACUAUUAUCUUCAUCAUCUGGACUGACUCCUCCUUGCACCAAUCCAUGUACCUCUUCCUGGCCAUGCUCGCUGCUGUUGACCUGGUCCUGGCCUCCCCCACUGCACCCAAAGCCCUCACAGUGCUCCUGGCUUAUGCUCAUGAGAUUGGGUACAUUGUCUGCCUGACUCAGAUGUUCUUCAUUCAUGCCUUUUCAUCUAUGGAGUCAGGCAUACUUGUGGCCAUGGCUCUGGACCGCUAUGUUGCCAUCUGCCACCCUCUGCGCCAUUCCACCAUCCUGCAUCCAGGGAUCAUAGGGCGCAUUGGGAUGGUGGUGCUGGUGAGGGGAUUGGUCCUCCUCAUCUCUUUCCCCAUCCUGUUGCGGAAUCUUGUCUUCUGCAGAGCCACUGUCAUAAGCCAUGCCUACUGUGAGCAUAUGGCUGUGGUAAAACUUGCCUGUUCUGAAACCAUAGUGAAUCGAGCCUAUGGGCUGUCAGUGGCACUGCUGGUAGUUGGGCUAGAUGUCCUGGCCAUUGGCAUUUCCUAUGCCCUCAUCCUCCAGGCAGUGCUGAAGGUCCCAGGGGGUGAAGCCAGACUCAAGGCCUUCAGUACAUGUGGGUCUCAUGUUUGUGUCAUUCUCAUCUUCUACAUUCCUGGAAUAUUCUCUUUCCUCACUCACCACUUUGGGAACCAUGUUCCCUAUCAUGUCCAUGUUCUGCUGGCCACUCUCUAUCUGCUUGUGCCACCUGCCCUCAAUCCUCUUGUUUAUGGGGUGAAGACUCGACAGAUCCGCCAACGAGUGCUCAGGGUGUUCUACAUAAAAGCGUCAAGCUGAGCUCAUUGGCUACAGCUGCUCCUGCCAAGGACUCAGCCAAAAGCUUGUGGCUGUCAUGGAGUGUAUGGACAGAAGCUGUUCUACAGUGAAUACUCCUGCUCCUAGUUGUGUAUGUGAAGAAUACUCCCAGGCACGUGGCUCAACAGUCUAUUGAGAUGUAUCUGGGUAACUGCAUUUAUAGUUAUUUCCCUUUCACCUUUUUAUCCUUUCCAACCCCAACAAUUCUCCACUUAUGACAGAGGGAUUGGGGUAUAGAAGAAGUACAUGGCAGCUCUGGGUAUGCCAUCUUUCCUGCUUUCAACCAAUAACUGAUCACACAACAUUGUCUGGAAUGAGAAAGGUGAGUCUCAGCCUGCCUUACUGCUCAGAGUAUCUUCA